AUGAUUGAUCAUGUCAUUUCACAUUUUGGAACCACAAAAAUUAAAGCUAUUUCAAGUACCUUUGACAAAAAUCAAGACCAAUAUGUGGUGGAGGAAGUGAAAAAAAUUGGAGACAAUGCUGUGAUGUGUCAUAGAUUAAAUUUUGAAAAAGUUGUAUUCAAUUGCCACCAAGUUCGUGCAACAACUGCUUAUGUGGUCUCAUUGGUAACCCCUCAAGGAGAUAAAACUAAGGCUUUAACUGUUUGCCACCAUGACACAAGAGGAAUGAACUCCGAGUUGCUUUAUGAAGCUCUCAAAGUCAAACCUGGAACUGUCCCUGUUUGUCAUUUCAUUGGAAAUAAGGCUGCUGCUUGGGUACCCGAUAAUUCUGUUGACCAUCCUUGUGUCAUCUAG